UCAGAGCUGGAGCCAGUGCAGGCUGAGCUGCUGAGGCAAGAUGGUGGACUAUAGUGUGUGGAACCACAUCGAGGUGUCUGACGAUGAGGACAAGACGCACCCCAAAAUCGACACGGACAGUCUCUUCCACUGGCGGCACCAGGCCCGGGUGGAGCGCAUGGAGCGGUUCCACAAGGAGAAGGAGGAGCUGGAGAGGGGCUGCCGCCAGUGCAGGCGCAAGGUGGCCGAGUGCCAGCAGAGGCUGAAGAAGCUGGAGGCGGCGGAGGGCGAGAGCAGCAAGGCGGAGCUAGAGCGGCUGCAGGCUAAGGCUCAGCAGCUGUGCAAGGAGGAGCCCAGCUGGGAGCAGAAGCUGGAGGAGAUGCGCAAGAAGGAGAAGAGCAUGCCCUGGAACGUGGACACACUCAGCAAGGACGGCUUCAGCAAGAGCAUGGUCAAUACCAAGCCAAAGCAGACAGAGGAGUCGUCGGAGGAAGUGAGGGAGCAGAAACACAAAACGUUCAUGGAGAAGUACGAGAAACAGAUCAAGCACUCUGGCAUGCUCCGUCGCUGGGACGACAGCCAGAAGUACCUGUCAGACAAUGUCCAUCUGGUGUGCGAGGAGACCGCCAACUACCUUGUCAUCUGGUGCAUUGACCUAGAGGUGGAGGAGAAGGAGCAGGUGGCCCACCAGACCAUCAUCAUGCAGUUCAUCCUGGAGCUGGCUAAGAGCCUGAAGGUGGAUCCCCGCGCCUGCUUCCGGCAGUUCUUCACCAAGAUCAAGACAGCUGACCGCCAGUACAUGCAGGGCUUCAACGACGAACUGGAGGCCUUCAAGGAGCGCAUGUGGGGCCGCGCCAAGCUGCGCAUGGAGAAGGCCAUGAAGAAAUACGAGGAGCAGCAGCGCCGGAAGCGGCUAGGCCCCGGCGGUUUGAACCCCGUGGAGGUCUACGAGUCUCUCUCUGAGGAACUACAGAAAUGCUGAGUGAAAGAUGUGCAGAUGCUUCAAGACGCCAUCAGCAAGAUGGACCACACCGAUGCUAAGUACCACAUGCAGCGCUGCAUCGACUCUGGCCUCUGAGUCCCCAACCCCAAGUCCAGCGAGGCCAAGGAUAGGGAGGAGACAGGCCCCGGGGACCCCUUGCUGGAAGCCGGCCCCAAGCCAGGUGACAAGAAGGAUGUCAGCGAGUGACUCGCUCUGGCUGCCGCCUGCCUGCCCGCAGGCCCCCGUGUGCCCCUUUUCAGAAAACAAAAAUAGAUACCUCUCCCCAGCUCCUGGCUUCCUCCACUUUCGCUGCUCCCGCCCAGCCCGGGUCAGGGAGAGAGCUGCCCCCAUCCCACUGC